AUGCACCGCAGUUGUCACUUGCAGCGUCCUUGUUCAGGUCGUGGUCUCUCGUUUGUCCAUCCUUCCAGCUUUACUCCGUACAGAUACAGGCAAUGCAUUUCAGCUAGCUACCUUCUUGCCCUAGCGGCAAUCACCGCUGCUAUUCCAUUCCAAGGUCAGAACGGCGCGACAAGCCACAAAGGCGAGGUCCUCUCCAUCCCAAACCUGCAAAUCCCCCGCGGGAAGAAAUUCAUCGAAAGCCCUGCAUCUGCAAAGCCCCUGCAGCACAAGCCAGUGUAUGAACCCGAGGCGAUAAACAUGCACCAGGACGGCGGCAACACUGGCAGCAUCGACUAUUUAGGACCCCUCGGAAACAAUCCCGAGGUCACUUCCACCCUCGAAGGCCUACACAUCUUCCUCUGGACUAAGAGUGGACAGACGGUGGCUGGGUAUACCACCCUGGAAACUAGCGGCUUGAAAUGGGGACUUGCAGCCGUGGACGGCGAGAUGAAAGCUUAG